UUCGGAAAGCAAGGGGGAAAUGUACAAGAAAACAAGCUGAAAAACGUCAAAAUAAGUAAUUUGAUUUUUCUUCUCGCUUUGUACUUUCCAAAAUCUUAAGUUGAACGAAGUCUUUUGGCCUUUUUUUUUUUUCUCUUUCACCAAGCAGUUGAUGGUCAAGUGGCAAAAACCAAAUAAAUACUGUAAGUUUUUUUUUUUUUAGUGAAAAAGAACUAAAAAAGAAAAAAGAAAGAAUUUAUAAACGUAAUUUUUUUUUUUCAAUCUUGGAGCAGAUUGAUUACCUUUUCUUCUGUAAUAUAAAAAAGUUUUUGGUUUUUUUAUUUUUAAGUUCUUAAUUCCCUGUUGCUUUUAAGUUAAAAAUUCUAGUACAUGUGAGCUGUUGCCUGUUGUUUGGAUGCUGAGGAAACUGGGAAAAGAGAAAGAUGAGUAUUUGAAUCAAUACGUGCAAAAAGUUUUGAACUUGAGCUCAUUCUUGAGUUAAAGUUUUGUUUUCUUGAGUCCCAGGGAAAUUGGAAACGUGUUUGGUUCCUGGGAAAAUUGAAGAAAGAGAACCCAAAAAACAUGCAUUCCUCUUUUUUUUUUUGUAACAAUAGUUAAAAUUCUCUAGUCUUUGUAGCAGUUUCGUCCAAGCUAAGGAUCAAACUAUUAUUUUACAUUUUAGUUACUGAGAAUUUCGAGGAAAGGUAGAAAAAGAUGUGUAAUUUGUCUUUUUUAUUUAAUAUUUUUUGCUGUGAAUAGAAAUUCUUGUUUGGGAGCAUAAGUUCUCUUCUUAUAGAAGUAUAUAUGCAACAGAACCGAGGACUGACUUUUGUUGGUUUCCUGAUGAUAUCAGAAGAAUCCAUUUGACAGAUGAUAAGAUCGGGGGAAAAAUAAGAAAAAUUGAUCAAAAGCUUUCACUUAUGUUGCUUCUCUUGUCCUACUUAAAAAACCAAGGAAAAAAAACCUUUAACAAAUGGAGCAGCCACCUGUGAUCCUCCAUGAAAAAAAUGAUCAUGUUCUUGAUGUUCCAAAUGAUGGUCAAUAUGGGAAUAAUGUUGUAUCAAGGAAUUCUCAAGAACCUGUGAUUCAGCCUACUGCUCCUGGUGGAUCAAGUCAUGGGAGUUCUAUAUCAUCUUUUUGCUUUUGGAUUUACGUUAGACUAGUUUUCAAUAUAAGUCAGAUUGUUGCAUCAAUAGCUGUUCUAAUAGUUUCAAGGAAUGAGAAGUCGCGAGCUCCAUUGUCCACUUGGAUUGCUGGUUAUGCAGCGGGGUGUGCUGCUAGUAUUCCCUUCCUUUUCCAGCAUUGUUUUCUUCCGUAUCCCAAGCUUAGCAGAUUAUUGGAGUGCUUUAAAUGGAUGCUAAAAGCAUACUUUUUAAUCUGGUUUCUUCUUGGCAAUUUUUGGCUAUUUAGAUACUCUUCUUCUGGGGCACCAAAUUUGCAUAGGUUAUGUGUAAUGUUUCUUGUCUUUAGCUAUCUUGAGUUUACUAUGCCCUUCAUCCUGUGUGCUGUUUUAGCAUGCUGCUGUGGGAACCUAGGUCUAAUUAAAGGAGCCACUUCAGAAUGCAUCAAUUCUCUGCCAACCUACACUUUCAAGUUACAGAAAGAUGGUAGUGGCAGCAUAAGGAAAAUCAAUUCAGACGUUAAAGGAGGGGUUGAUGCAGCAGGAGCAGAAAAGGACACUGCUAUUUCAGGGGAUGAUGCAGUUUGUUGCAUUUGUUUGGCAAGUUAUGCCGAUAAUGAUGUGCUGAAGGAGCUCCCUUGCUCUCAUUUCUUCCAUACCACCUGUAUAGAUAAAUGGCUAAAGAUGAACGCGCUCUGUCCGCUUUGCAAAUGCACAAUUUUGUCGAAGCAAUGAGGGAUUGCGUUUAUCUUAGUAGUCACCCUUCUAAGUGCAUUCCUCUCCCAGUCACCUUCUGCUACUUACACAGGUCAGCAAUUGUAGAAGACUAGCAAAAUGGGAAAGACAAAAAAAAAAAAAAAAUCUAAACUGCAAAGAUUGUACACACCGAUGACAAUAUCUAUCAUAUACUUAAAUACAGUCCUGUUGAUAUCAUCCGCUUUAUCUUUUUCAUUCACUUUUAAUAAACAUAAGAGUUAAACUUCCAGCCAGCUGCUUCUUACUUUUGUGAAGCUGAAUCCAAUGAUGUUCUUAUAAUAAGCUCAACUUUGUAUUUUUGUUUUUUCUUUUUAGUAAUUAAACUCCAUUAACAUUUAUUAGUCUGUCUUUUCCCUUGUAUCCAUCCUAAGAAUAACCUGGUUUAUGUAAAUUUAAUAUACAAAU